AUGGUGGAGCAGACAGAAUAUACAUGCCCCGAGUUGACUGCAAGUGAUCAUCUCUACAUUCCAAUGAGAUACAUGUCAAGUCAAGAGACAUACGGCAAUUUUUACUUUCCACCUCUUCCUAAAGGCUCUCAAAUCCAAAACCUAGCGCUGUCCUCUCGUCCUGACGUAAACAAUGAAGAUUGGGUACUGGCUGUCAAGUUUUCAGGUUCUAAGCUGAAGCUUUAUAGACAUAAUAAGGACUUUCGGUGGAUCGAUAUCGAAACCACACAUGAGUCUAUAAGUCCGUAUUCGAGUAUCAUGUAUUCAAUGAAAGAUCAAAGGUUCUAUGUUCCAACUCCUGGAUGCAAUUACUUGUGCUCCUUUGAUCUCAACUUCAAGGAGAAGGAUAAGCUCGAGUUUGUUGAGGUGCGAAAAACAGUUCUUCCUAAGUAUGACUUGUAUGAGUUGAAGGAGAUGGAUGCCUUUACCAGGACAGACCACAUGGUGGAGUCACCCUCCGGUAAACAAUUCCUUAUCUCAUGGUACUUUGGGGACGACUCUAGACUUCACAACACAAAAAAAUUCAAGGUGUUUAGAGUGGAUGAAAAGAUAUCCGAUAGUAAAACAAAAUACAUGUAUCUCACCGACAUCAUUGGAGAUCUUAGUAUUUUUCUGGGACGUGGUGAAGCUUUUUGUGUCAAAGCGAGCACUACUCCUGGUCUAAAGCCUAAUUGCAUCUAUUUCAUGGGACACAACUAUGGUGUUUUCGAUAUCACCACCCAAACUUGCACUGUCUUCUCCACUGAUGAAGGUCUAUUAAGCUCCACUGAAUUUCCUUCUUGGCCUCAUCCACUUUCUCUCACUCCUAAAUUACUUUGAUGGCAUUGUUGUAUUUCUU